AUGGUGGUGACACGAGCAGCCACAUUCUGCGCACUGUUGCUCCAUGUGCGGCACAGAGGUGACUUUGAAGUUGGCUUUGUCAUUAGCUUGCACGGCCACAUCCUGCAAUUGGUGGAGGAUUCCAUUUCCUCCAUCAACCCAGCCCGCCUCUUCUUGCUCAACUCAGUCUGCCCGGACCUCAGCAUGGACGCCCCUGAUGAUGCUGUGGUGGAGGAUUGCGUUUCGUCCAACAACCCCACCCUCCUCAAGGACCAGGACAUGGACGCCCCAGAUGAUGCUGUGCUGCGCCUGGCCCAGCUGGCUCUGCGCUGCACUGUGCAGCGCACUGCAAGCCGGCCCAGCAUGGCCACCAUUGCCAACGAGCUGCAGGGAAUCAGGCACGAGGUGGUGGGGAAGGAGGUGCUGAGUGCGGCGGUAAAGGUGGAUGAGCAAGCAGAGGGGAUGCGAAGUGGGACGUCGUAUCCCAAUAACUUGGCUGCAAUGUUGGAAGCUAUUAAGAGCAUGGAGGAGGAGUCUACUGGGGAGCAAUCAGAUAUCAUCUGA